AUGGUUAAAGCAGACGUGCGCAGGGAUUACUAUGCGGAUCUGGGGCUCGGUCCUACCGCUGACACAGAUGAGAUCAAGAAGCAGUUUAGGAAGCUAGCAUUAAAGUACCAUCCAGAUCGAAAUCCAGGCAAAGAGACAGAAUUCAUUACAAAGUUCCAGGCGAUUCAAGCUGCAAAUGAGAUUCUGGGUGAUCCACAACAGAGGCUUAAGUAUGAUACAGAAAGGUUGCGCGCUGGCUAUGGGAGACUCUAUGCACCACCGCCCUCGAAUAACACACGUCGAGCGAACACAUCUGCAUAUGCUACUGCGAAGGCUGCAACGCCAAAACCGUCUCGACCGACCCCUUACCAACCCCCGCCUUCACGUAGCGCUGAGACAUACGCGAGCUAUGCCAAAGCUGCACCUCAACGGCCGGUCUACGAGCAACAGACCCGGGCGGAUGCAUUCCGAGCAUUUUCGGGCAUGAAGUCUCACGUGCCUGGCUGGUCCAAGUUCGAUCCUAUGAAUGGAAAACCCGGUCCUUCGCCACCCACACGAAGUAAUACGGCGGCAGGAACAACAUCUUCGCAAUCUCGCAGAUCAGCAUACGAAUAUAUGAACAAUCGGCAGCAUCCUGCUGCGUUUGGACGUGCCUCGACAGUUAAGAAAAAACAGGGCUUUGCUCCAGGGACUCCGGGAGGUGAUGAGCCAAUGGCACGAAAUUUCUCGUCUUAUGCUCCGCGGACUGAUCGUUCAUCUGCGUUUUUUGACAGCGUUCCGUCUCCAACAGCCAAAAGAACCCCGACUUCGUCACGGCCUGAAACCCCAAUAGAGGACCCAGCUCCAGAAUUCGAACGCACCAGUCAUCCAUACGCCAGGACUGGCGGUGAACGAACCUACUUCUCAAGUGCAGGCCUGGGCCGUUCCCAUACCAUGCGCGAAUCUUCUAGCUCUAGGGUUCGAUCACGCACGAACCCGCCCAGCCCUACUUCGCCAGUGUCCAGCAGACACCGCAGCGCGAGCCCGAAACUGAGACAGCGGAAGAAAUACGCCGAAGAAUCGUCAACAAGUUCGAGCAGUGAGGGCGAAUCUGAUAGUGACUCGGAUUACCCAACCUUCGUACCGCGACAAAAGGCAACCCCAAGGGGCCGACUACGACCUAGCCAAAAGUUCCAUUUUCAAAGUUCCGGAUUAGGUGAGGAAAUCUUAGAACACUCCAACCCCCAGGCCCACGCAUUUCGGAUUCAUCGACGAUUACGAAACUACCUCGGAGAAGAUCGGCGCCACAGUUACCAUGAGUUUCAGGACCACAGACAUGACUCGGAUAGCGCUUCGUUUGUGUUUAGAGCUCAACAAGCUGCACAAGCCGCUAAUGCUACACCUCAAGCGAAUCUAGGAGUUCCCGGGUUUGGUAAUCAGAAUGUUAAUUCCUCGCCAAAUAAUGGCACCAAGAGUAGGAGCCACGAUAACCUCAAUCAAAGGUUUUCAGCAAGCGACUGGGGUGAUGCAAUCAGACCAGAAAUAUUUGCACCAAAUAAGAUCAAUGGACACCAGCGCAGUCGAUCGCGGACUUCCCCAAUGCGUGGGAGACCGGCAAGUAGAACUGAUCUGGAGACGCAGCCUAAUGCUGUACCUCCAAGUGACGAAGCGAUGAGACAACAAGCCUCGACCUUACGACCCCCAUCGCAAUUCUCUGCAGAGGCUUGGGCCCAGCAUUUGCAGAAUACAAACUGGGCCGCUCGGAACCCAAACUCAGAAAAUGCUCCUUCACAGUCACUGUCGCAGUCACGAGCAGGCAUCACAAAGCCGGGGCGGAAGAUUUCACGACCUACAUCACGGACCACAAAACCACAACAGCCGGCUGUAUCAACGGAGGCAGAAGAAGAGAGCACGACGAUUCCUCAACCCGAUCAAUCCGCUCAAGGACAGUCCACUCACGUUCUCGAUGCGAUGGAUAUUGAUGACGAACUGCCUGAACCCACGAAGACAGCGACUAAUGGUAUCAAGCAACCGCAGUCACCUGCGUCGAAAGCCAAUGUAUCCACAGGAAACGCCAGCAAAAUACCUGAACAGCCAAAUGAUCUUUUCAACCUGGGCCAUCUUCAUAAUGUGGCGCCAUUUACAAGUACCAACAGUGGUGGCAUAGACGAUUUGAAGGACAUGUUUACGACCUUGCCAUUUGAAUCUCGCGCGAAUGAUUCGGCGACAAAGCAGAAUAUGACCCAGGGGCGUAAAUUCGAUCUUCCAUCACCACCCAAACGCCCUCAAAAACCGGCAGUCGUCCCUCUAGGCAAUGAUCCUCGCAAUAUGGUUCUUCCACGACAGAGCUGGGAGGCGUAUGUGAAACAGAUAUGCGUAUAUCUGACAGAGUGGAACAAUUUUCAGAAACAAAUGCUUGAAAUCUUGAUCAUAAGGGAAGCGGCUUUUGAAACUGGACUUGCACCAAGAUGGAUCGAUGCAAUCGGGGACUCAAUCCAGCUGAACGUGGCGUCUGAAAACAGUGGACCCGCAGGCAAUGAGGCAGAUGGGAGCGAGGCCGGGGGUGAGCCGGAAAUUCUGAUCCCAGAUCACCCCCAUGGCGGUUACAAGGCAUACCUUAACUCUAUCGACGAGCACGCUAAAAUACGCGAGUACUGGGAUGUGGCGAACGAACGACAUCGGGAGUGCAUUUUGCAACUGGGCGAGCUUAGGGAAUGGAUUCGUACUCGGGGGAAAAUCGUAUGA